CGACCACUACAAGCGACAGCAACACAUUUAUAUUAUUAUCACUCUCCCAUUAAUGCUAAGUAAAUUCCCUUUUCCAAAAGUCCAGUCCAAUCCAAACAGAGAUUUAAAGUCUCCUUCUCUUUGUCUAUUAGAACAAGUUCUAAAACACAUUUCAUAAAGCCAAACUCUCAUCUUUGUAUCCAUCGAGUGGUGAAAUGGCGACGAAGGAGGAGGAGAACACGGUGUUUGAUGUGGAGGCAGCGAAUGUGUUAACCAAGGAGCUGAGAGACGUUUUUGCUUCUGGUAAAACAAGGAGUUACGAGUGGAGAAUAUCUCAGUUGAAGAGUAUUGUUAAGAUGUGCGAUGAACACGAGGAAGACAUUGUUGAUGCUCUCCGUCAAGAUCUCUCCAAGCCUCAACUUGAAUCCAUCGUUUAUGAGUUAACUAUGGUAAAAAACUCGUGUACAUUGGCUAUUAAGGAACUGAAACAUUGGAUGAUGCCAGAGAAGGCAAAAACUUCUUUGACAACUUUUCCUUCAUCAGCUGAAAUAGUGUCAGAACCACUGGGUGCUGUGUUGAUUAUUUCAGCAUGGAAUUACCCUUUCUUGUUGUCUAUGGAUCCGCUCAUUGGAGCUAUUGCAGCCGGUAAUGCUAUGGUUUUAAAACCAUCAGAAGUUGCACCAGCUACAUCCUCACUGCUUGCAAAGCUACUUCCAGAGUAUUUGGAUUGCUCUUCGAUAAAGGUUGUUGAGGGGGCUGUUUCUGAAACUUCUGCACUACUGGAGCAAAAGUGGGACAAAAUAUUUUAUACAGGCAAUGGAAGAGUAGGACGAAUUGUGAUGGCUGCUGCAGCAAAACACCUUACACCGGUUGUUUUGGAGCUUGGAGGAAAAUCUCCAGUUGUUGUUGAUUCAGGUAUCGAUAUACAGAUUGCAACUAGGCGGAUAAUUGUAGGCAAGUGGGGGUGUAAUAAUGGACAAGCAUGCAUCUCUCCGGAUUACAUAAUAACAACGAAAGAUUGUGCUGAGAAGCUGGUGGACUCUCUGAAAAAAGAACUGGAGGCAUUUUAUGGAAAGAACCCAUUGGAAUCAAAAGAUUUAUCUCGAAUUGUGAAUUCCAACCAUUUUUCUCGUUUGACAAAGCUACUGGAUGAGGAUAAGGUUUCUGGGAAGAUUGUUUAUGGAGGUGAAAGAGAUGAAGCCAACCUGAGAAUUGCUCCCACCAUAUUAUUGGGCGUCCCACAAAACUCUCUAAUAAUGAAAGAAGAGAUAUUUGGUCCAUUGCUUCCCAUUCUCACUGUCAGCAAAAUCGAGGAUAGCUUUGAUAUAAUAAAAUCAGGAACAAAGCCACUUGCAGCUUAUUUAUUUACCAAUAACAAGAAGCUGAAGGAGCAGUUUUUGAUGUCUGUUUCUGCAGGGGGUGUGGUCAUUAAUGACACUACUCUGCAUCUUGCAGUUCAUAGUGUACCAUUUGGGGGCGUGGGCGAGAGCGGAAUGGGUUCAUACCAUGGCAAAUUUUCCUUCGAUGCUUUUACCCACAAGAAGGCAGUCGUGUAUCGAAGUUUUGUAGGUGAUGCAUCUGUGAGAUAUCCACCGUACACACUGGGAAAGCUAAGAUUGAUGAAGGCUUUAAUCACUGGUAAUGUAUGGACAAUACUUCGCACCCUGCUUGGAAUGUCUUAAGUCUAGGAAUAUAAUGUAAUGUAUGGACAAUACUUCGCACCCUGCUUGGAAUGUCUUAAGUCUAGGAAUAUGAUGUCUUCAGUGUAAGCUCAAUCACUAUAUUAUUUUUGUACUUAAUUUAAGUUGGAACGUUGAUUGAUUACAAGAACGAAAGUGGAAUGCAAUGUCAGUUAUACCCUCUGAUGAAUAAAAUUUGUUUUGUUAGUGUGGUAUAA